GCGCGGCCCGCUCCCCUCAGCGCCGCUCCCGCCGCCGCCGCGCGCCCGCGGCCGCCAUUCCGCCCCAAAACUUUCCGCUCUCCCCUUCCCACUCUCCGGGACUUCCUUGUGUGCGCCGAGGGGGAGGAGGAGGCGUGCGCGGCGGCGGCGGCGCGGGGGGGUUCGCAGGCUGCUGGCGGGCUGGCCGGGACCCCGGCACCAGGAGUUGCACCAUGCGCGGCAAGUGAGGGAAAGUCCGCCCCAGGCUCUCCCGCCGCCCCCGGAGCGGAGCCGCGCCCGCAGCGCCCGCGCGCAGGUACGGAAGGAUAAAACUGGCCUGAAGGGAAAAUCUACGGAGAAACUGGGGAGUUUGACUGUGCUUGCACCUGAGUAACCCUCUCCGCUGUCAGAUGUGGUGAUCUCCAUGCUAACUCCAACCCCCAGACUCCCGACAGCAGCCUGUGAGGAGCAGCAUUCAGCAGCUCAGGGGUCUCACGGCCAGAGCGUGGAUCACACUUCUCAUAAACCUCAUCAUAUUGAGGUUGGGCUAAGAUGAGCAUAACCAGUGACGAAGUGAAUUUCUUGGUGUAUCGCUAUCUCCAGGAAUCAGGUUUCUCCCACUCGGCCUUCACGUUCGGCAUCGAGAGCCACAUCAGUCAGUCCAACAUCAACGGAACACUAGUGCCACCUGCUGCACUCAUCUCCAUCCUCCAGAAAGGGCUCCAGUAUGUGGAGGCUGAGAUCAGCAUCAAUGAAGAUGGUACAGUAUUUGAUGGCAGGCCAAUAGAGUCACUGUCUCUGAUAGACGCAGUGAUGCCUGAUGUUGUACAGACCCGGCAGCAAGCAUUCAGAGAGAAACUAGCUCAGCAGCAAGCCAGUGCAGCAGCAGCAGCAGCAGCAGCAACGGCAGCAACAGCGGGAACAACGACGACUGCUGUUUCCCAGCAGAACACACCAAAGAACGGAGAAGCCACUGUGAAUGGAGAGGAGAAUGGGGCACAUGCAAUAAAUAAUCAUUCAAAGCCAAUGGAAAUUGACGGGGAUGUCGAAAUUCCUCCUAACAAAGCAACAGUCCUUCGGGGCCAUGAAUCAGAGGUGUUCAUCUGUGCCUGGAACCCUGUCAGUGACCUGUUAGCAUCUGGAUCUGGAGACUCAACUGCCAGAAUAUGGAAUCUCAAUGAGAACAGCAACAGUGGUUCCACUCAACUAGUUUUGAGGCACUGUAUAAGAGAAGGAGGACAUGAUGUCCCCAGCAAUAAGGAUGUGACUUCACUGGACUGGAAUAGUGAUGGAACACUAUUGGCUACAGGCUCAUAUGAUGGUUUUGCAAGAAUAUGGACAGAAGAUGGUAACCUUGCAAGCACCUUAGGUCAACAUAAAGGUCCAAUAUUUGCCCUGAAGUGGAACAAAAAGGGGAAUUAUAUUUUAAGUGCUGGUGUUGAUAAAACAACAAUAAUUUGGGAUGCUCACACAGGAGAAGCUAAACAGCAGUUUCCUUUCCAUUCAGCUCCUGCUCUGGAUGUAGACUGGCAGAACAACACUACUUUUGCCUCCUGCAGCACUGACAUGUGCAUUCACGUGUGCAGACUUGGCUGUGAUCGUCCCGUUAAAACCUUUCAAGGACACACAAAUGAGGUUAAUGCUAUCAAGUGGGACCCAUCUGGCAUGCUACUAGCAUCUUGCUCUGAUGAUAUGACAUUAAAGAUUUGGAGUAUGAAGCAAGAUACCUGUGUACAUGACCUUCAGGCUCACAGCAAAGAGAUUUAUACUAUCAAAUGGAGUCCUACAGGACCAGGCACCAGCAACCCAAACUCCAACAUCAUGUUAGCAAGUGCUUCAUUUGAUUCCACUGUUCGGCUGUGGGACGUUGACCGAGGUGUCUGCAUCCAUACGUUAACAAAACAUCAAGAGCCUGUCUACAGUGUAGCUUUUAGUCCUGAUGGAAAAUAUCUAGCCAGUGGGUCCUUUGACAAAUGUGUCCAUAUAUGGAAUACUCAGAGUGGAACUCUAGUACAUAGCUACCGAGGCACCGGAGGCAUCUUUGAAGUCUGCUGGAAUGCUAGAGGAGACAAAGUGGGAGCAAGCGCAUCAGAUGGAUCGGUUUGUGUUCUAGAUCUGCGGAAGUAAAAGUGAAGUUUUAGAAGAAAUUUCAAAUGGACCAGCAGUGAAUGUGUGGGGAGAAGCACUCUUCAAAACUAUUCUUAACAGCUCCAGAACUGUACGAACUUGAACAAAGUUAGAGUGUACUGUGAAACCAACUCUCCCUGGCCACAGGUGUCUAGUAUUUUGUCCGUAACCUUCAUCAAGGAGUAAAAACACAGUCACUUCAGAGGGGGAGGGAAUGGUUUCCACCUGGAACAUUCAGCCUUGGAAGCAUGAAGCCACCAGCUAGGCAUUGCACUGUUUGGUUUGCGUCUGAGAACUUGCUCUGAUGGCUGGGAAAAAAAGCUGUGCCAAAAAAAAAAUUAAUAAAAAAAAAAAAAAAGAAAAAUGCUGUGAUAAACCAAAAGGGAAAAAAAAAAAAGUCCUCCUCCAUGCGGUGUUGUAUUUUUUUCCUUCCAAUUUGGACACUACAGUUGCUCUCCCAAAGGACGUUCAAAGACCAGUUUGUACUGAUGAAAUGCUCAACUUUGUAAUCACAACACUUUCUAUUUUCUAGACUACUUUUUUUGUUCAGUGGUUUUUCUAUCAGCUGGAAUAUUAUAGCCUGGAGGAUCCCAGGCUUAGGAUGAACUUUUGUUGUUUUCCUUUUAUUUCUCCCUUCCACUCCCAACUUCUCCUUCCUUUUUUUCCUCCUUUUUCUUCUUGCCCAUUUUUUUUUUCUUUUUUCCCUGUAUGCCCAUAGUAGAUGUAGCCAGGUGGACAUGACAAUGAAAAUUUUUGACAGACUGCUUCUCCUCUCUUCUCUGUUUCUUUUCCUUUCUUUCUCUCCGUUUAAAAGAAAAAGAAUCCUCCAUGCUUCAGAUCUUAGCGUCUCAAGGGCACUUUGAGCAAAUUGUGUAAUAAGUGCUUUAUAUAAGAAUGCAGUGCUGGGGAAGAUUUUUACAGGAGAAAGAUGACUUUUAACAGAAAGAACCCAGUGUAUUUUUGGAAAAAAAAUAUUUUUUAUGUUGAACACAGUUUUAAAAGCUGAAAAUGGCCACCAAAUGUAGACCAGUUGUGUAAUUCAAGGAAAAAUAAUGACAGAAUCCAAGGAACAUGAAAGGUGCAGUAUCCUUUUUGUCUUCUCUCUCAGAAAGUGCUGUAAGGCCGAACACCAUCUGAUAACAUAAAUGCCAGUCAUUUAUUAAGAGACCUCUUCCAGCAGCCAGGGAUUUAUACGUCUCUUCUCACUUUUGUGGCUGUUUGAUGAUUUACGCUUAUUAAAAGGAAUUUGUAGCUUUGAGACCAUAAAUAUAAUAUUCAGUUUUGUGAGUGCAUAUUUUUGUUUAUCCUCAGUAACGUGGGGAAAAUGAUUGUCCAUCUUCUUUCCUCAAGAGACAGUUCAGAUUUCAUACAGACCGUAUGUUUGGCUGCCCGUGUCUUUGUUGGGCAGUGCUGCCCUCCACUAUUCUUGGCAUUCAUCCCAUCAGCUGUUUCUAUUCCAGUGAGUCAGUGACUUAAUGGGACCAACUGGACCAAGAUACAUUGACGGUGGCUAUCAGUGUUGAAGAAUGGACUCUUGCCACACUCCUGACCAUCUGUGGUCGGCACAUGCCUAAAACCGGGCUCUUCCUUUGCAUCUGGAAGUGCAUCACCCUCUGCCUUGUGUUCUCCAUGUGUCAAAAAAGACUCUGGGUCUGCAGAUGGAGGGUCACUGUCUGUCCAGACAGGUUUAGCUUUGAGUGCUCAAAAGACAACAUAGAAUUCGUAGAACUCUCAAUUUGAUGAGGACCUGAUAAACAAUAUAUCAACUAUAUUUCUUAACAUAUAUAUCAUGAUAAAGUUAUAGUGGGCAAGAACGACAAUAAAGACUUCUGAAGUACCACCUAUCCAGUUUGGACAUGAUUUCCUUACUGUGAGCUAGACAUCUGCAGAUGAAGAUUUCUGUACUGUAAGAGCAAAUGAUGGAUGCAGGAAAGGUAUAGGAAAGCCAAAGGCAGAGCUUGCUAGAAGAGGUGUAAAUGCUGAGGCAGCCUUCGGUUGGUGGCUGUGUUAUUCAGACAGAUCCUCAGAACUGCCUGAGCUGAGCUGCUAUCCUCCCUAGCCUGCAGGCAAGGUAAGGGUUUGUAGGACAGAGAAAAGGAAACUGAGAACUGAAAAUCGCACAGCACAUUCCCACCCAAAGUCACUAUUUCUGUAACACAGAAUCUGUCCUUUGAUUUGACCACAGCUGCUGAAGUAGUGAUUUGAUCCUAGCAAAAAACAAGAGCCUUGAUACUGAACUGGUGGUGCAAGACUACUGGGCAACAGCAUAGUGGAAUUUGUAUUUCCUUUUUUCUCUUGUAUUUUCCUCUCUUUGUACUUGAAUCUUUACAGUACCUGAGUCCUUUCUGUGGAACCAGGCACUGCCAGCUUCAGUUGCUUUUCUUAAAGAUACGUAUUUGGAAAGGAGAAAAUAAGGAAAAGUAGCUGCAAAAAGUGCUAAUUAGUCUGAGGGGAAAGCAGCUGUAUGGUAUUUUGGUUAUUAAUUACAAUUAGGCUUGUUUAUAAUUUGUAUCAGAGAACUGGACACUGGAUGGUAUUGAGGACUGUUUUCAGUGUCAAAUAUGUCUCUGUAGUUUGUAGAUUCCUGCUCCAGGAGUGUGGCUGUAAUUGAGCACAAACAGCUUUGUACUGUUUUAUAGCAGCUCCGUGCUCCUGCUAAUUUAAGUCACUAUUUACAAAAGAGUACUUACUAGAAGAGAGACUUGAAUUUGAAUGCGAAGGUUUUAUGUGGUUUUCUGAAGCACAGUUGGGUUGAUGCUUGGAGAAGAGUCAUUGCAUGUACAUGGUUAACUUCCCAAGCUGCUUUUGGGUGGCAUUUCUGAGAACAUCACACAAAAGUUCCCAGUCUGCAGAGAGCGGAGGGCAGAGUGGAUGGGGCCCUGGGCUGGCUCUUGUUGCCCAUUGUGCAAUGCUUGAAUUCAGCCAGACCUCAGGAUUCAAAGACAUGGGCUUGCUCAAUCUGAGUUUGGCUGUGCCACAUGACUGCCUCCUUGCUCAGCCUGAGCUUUGUGCUUGUUCCAGAAAUAGAUACUGUAGGUACCUCAGCAGUGUCAACAGUGUGUGCUUCUUUUUUCUUUCUCCUUUUUGCAAACUGCUGGUGAGAAUGACGCCUUUCCUCUGCCAGUCUGCAUGGAGGUAAGAAGCCAAGAAAAUUCUGAUAUGGGUAGGUUCGCAAAGCUUCUUUGUGAGGGAGGCUGCCCUCCUGGGAGUUCUCUGGACAAACCCAUCAGAUUGGCAAGCACCAUGUUGGACGAGCCAACAAAACUUUCUUCCCCUCCCUAAAGACUGGAAGAUCCUCUGAGAUACUGCAGUAGGUCGCUUUCAAAUAAAAAGUGUGCAGCUGUUGAGACUGAGGAGAACUAAAGAUGUAGUUGCAAAGGAUAAUCCUGUCCCAGCAGGCUGGUGCCUUUAGGACAUAGGCAGUGAGAAGGCUUCUCCAGGCAUCAGUUCAAGGCAAAAUCUAAACCUAGGCCUUUGGGACUGCUCUCACUUUCCUCUGUUGCUGAAGAAACAUCCCUAGGCUAAUACUGCCAUUUUGUGGCUGCCUCUGGAACAGAAUAGCAUGAAACAACAGGCCAGCAGACUUGAGCAAUGUUCUCGUGCAGUAAUUUUGGAUUUUGUUUAUAGGUUUUUUUUAGUGAGAGAGAAUUAAAAAAAAAAAAAAUAGAACAACCACCUAAGUGACCAAACAGGACUGUGGAACCAUCAAGAAGCUGAUUGGAUUUUGUCAUUGCUGGCUGUCUGGAACUGGCCUUGAAGUGAAAAAAACAAUUUGUGAAAAACCUCUCCGCUCUGUGGGCUAGAAGGAUACUGGAUCUUUUAUACAGAAAACACUGGGUCCCUUAUGGGGCACUAACAGGCCUGACUUACAGGGUUAUACACACAUUAACCCCAUGCUACAUCUUAGAAAUUUCCUUUUAAUUUGUUAAAAAAAAAAAUGAGAAAAAAUAGCUAAUUUUAGAGCCAAGUGAAGUGCACUUUGUCAAAUGUAAGGGUCUGCUUUGUUUUUGGGUUUCUUUUUUCUUUUUCCCUUUUUAAUUUUUCCUCCUUUUUUCCUCCUUUUGCCUUUUUAAAAGAUGUGGUUCUUUGUCAAUUGCAGAAAUGUUCUUUCAGCCACUCACUGAAAUUCUGAAUUCUGGCUUCUGCAGUUUUUAUUGUCUGUGUCAGACUUGCAGCCAGACUUGGUUCUCAUUUCAGCAUUUCCCAGGUUCUGUUGAAACAACAUCAACCCUUAUUUUGUUUCUCCCCCACCCACACUUUCUUCAAAUUCACCUUGUGUAUUGUAGCUCAUUUGUUUUAAGGAGAGAAUCAACAGAUCAUAUUCAGUGUCUUGAAUAAAUUGCUAUAUUUUGAUAUUAGAGAA